CCAGCAAAAGCUCAGCACCAUGGCUGAAUGGCCCCCUCCUGCCCAGACUUCAAGGUGGAGUUCAGAAGUCGCGGCUGCUCCUGUCGCGGACGCCGUCUUCCCCAAAGAGGCGCAGCUGCAGACGGCCUCGAUUUCUCUGUGGACGGUGGUUGGGGCUGUCCAGGCAGUGGAGAGGACGGUGGAAGCUCAGGCCUUGAGGCUCCUCAGCCUGGAGCAGAGGUCCGAGACGGCCGAGAAGAGAUUUGGGGACUGCGAAAAGGCCGUGGCCGAGCUGGGGAGCCAGCUGGACAGCCGGUGGUCAGCCCUGGAGACUCUCCUGCAGGAGUACGGACAGCUGCAGAAGAGGAUGGAGACCAUGGAGGACCUCCUGAAGAACAGGAACUUCUGGGUUCUGAAGGUCCCGGUCAGCACGGCGGCAGGAGCUUCUAAGGUCUCGGCGGCGUUUGGUGACGACUUGGCUCCCUUUUCCCGGGAGAAGUGGGAGAGGAUGGAAGAGUGGCAGAAGGAGCUGUACAAAAACGUGGCCAAGGGGAACGGAGAGUCUCUGAUCUCCCUCGAUUUUGCCGUUUCUAAACUGGAGAAUUUCACCUGCACUGCGCAAGAAGAUGCUCCUCACAUUCUGGGCCAGAAAAACUCAGAAGGAUGUGCUCAGGAACCUCCAUCCGAUUCCAAAACAGAAUCUUCCAUUUCCAGGACAGAUAUCUCAUGGAUUAAGGAGGAGGAAUUGUGUACCAAGGGCAAUGGCAAUGCCGAGGACGGAGCCCUUUGUCAAAGGACCUGCAACUAUUAUACGGUUUCUGGACUGGAUACUUUACCAAGUGACGGAGAAGGAGCCAACCCCUGUGAGUCGCUGCAGGGGGGCAACUUGGAAGCAGAAACUCACAAGGGCUCUACUUUAGACAACGCAGGGUCAGAUGCAAUUUCUUGGGUCAAACAGGAGGAGCCUCCCGCACGAAGGGAUGGAGGAAACAGCCCUCAAAGCGCUUGUAAUGCUAACGCCAGAGCCCAGCCGCACCCGGAGGAAGCGCAGGGCGAGGAAGACCCUGCCAACCCACCCCUCCUCCUCUUCCUCCCUGGGGGCUCGGUGGCGCCCAUUUUCAAUGGCACCAUCGGCGAGAGCCGCCCCCUCCCCGGCCUCCGCGGCGCCUGCAGCGGGAGCCACCCCGUCUCUCCCUCGGCCGGGGGCAUCCCGGAAGCGGCGGUGGACCGUCCGCACCGCUGCCCGGACUGCGGCAAGACCUUCAGCCUGCUGCUGAGCCUGCAGAUGCACCAAAUGAACCACCAGAAGCGGAAGCAGUACGAGUGCUCCUUCUGCGGGACGGCCUUCAGCUGCCCCUCGGAGCUGCUGCGGCACCGGAUGAUCCACACGGGCGAGAGGCCCUACCGGUGCUCGGUGUGCGGGAAGGGCUUCGUGCGCAAGCAGCACCUGGUCCCCCACCUGCGCCUGCACACGGGCGAGAGGCCCUACCACUGCGCCGAGUGCGGCAAGGACUUCAUCUGCAAGCACCACCUGCAGGAGCACCAGCGCACCCACACCGGGGAGCGGCCCUACGCCUGUACCCAGUGCGGGAAGAGGUUCCGGAGGAAAAAAUCCCUGAAGGACCACUGGAGGGUUCACAGCGGCGAGGAACAGCAGCAGCAGGGACAGGCGGGCUCUGCCCGGGUGCCCGAGGGCACAGAGGUCGACGUCCGAGUGGAAAAUUAA